GAGGAGCCACGCGGGAUCCGUGGCCGGGCAGGAGCCGCCGGCAGCGCGGAGCUCUCAAAGCCGCCGGGAGCGGAGCUGCCGCCGGUGCCGCCGCCGCCGCGGGAGCUGCGCGACCCUCGGGGCUGGAGCACCAUGUGCCCGGGCAAGUGACAGUGGGAACACGCUUCGGUGCCCAGAGAUCAGACAUGACCAAGACGUAUGCCAAGCCCAAAGAGAUGGCGGAGCUUGUGAGCACCCAAGUCUGGAUGGACGACACGUUGAGCUCCAAAGAUGAGCUGAAGGACGAGGACGGCAGGCAAGGUCAUUUCGGAUUGAUGCCUGGCUUGAAUGAAGAGCACGACAGCAUUGAGGAAGAAGAGGAGGAAGAGGAUGAUGGGGAAAAGCCCAAGAGAAGAGGACCAAAGAAGAAGAAAAUGACCAAGGCGAGGCUGGAGCGGUUCAGGGCCCGGCGGGUGAAGGCCAAUGCCCGUGAGCGCACGCGGAUGCACGGGCUGAACGAUGCCCUGGACAACCUCAGGAGGGUGAUGCCCUGCUACUCCAAGACUCAGAAGUUGUCCAAGAUCGAGACGCUGAGGCUCGCAAGAAACUACAUCUGGGCUCUGUCGGAGGUGCUGGAGACAGGGCAGACCCCCGAAGGGAAGAGCUUUGUGGAGAUGCUCUGCAAGGGCUUGUCCCAGCCCACCAGCAACCUGGUGGCUGGUUGUCUGCAGUUGGGACCACAGACCUUGUUCCUGGAGAAGCAUGAGGAGAAGUCCCCGGUGUGUGAAUCAGCCAUCUCCAGCCACCCCUUCACCUACCAGUCCCCGGGGCUCCCCAGCCCACCCUAUGGGACCAUGGAGACGCAUCUGUUGCAUUUGAAGCCACCGACCUUCAAGAGCUUGGUGGACGCUUCCUUUGGAAACCACCCCUCUGACUGCACCACGCCCCCCUACGAGGGUCCCCUGACGCCACCCCUGAGCAUCAGCGGGAACUUCUCCUUGAAGCAAGAUGGUUCUCCAGACCUGGAGAAGUCCUACACCUUCAUGGCCCACUAUCCCUCGGUCAGCCUGGCUGGAGCACACGGACAUGCCUCCCACUUCCAGACCACAGUGCCCCGCUAUGAGAUCCCCAUAGACAUGAGCUACGAGUCCUACCCGCACCAUGUGGCCGGGCCUCAGCUCAACGCCAUCUUCAACGAGUAGCAAAGCAGAGUUAGACCCAAAUUCUUGACACAGAGAGAAGUUCGGGUAUCACUACGGGGUAAGAGACUUCUGAGCAUCUCUGCAGGACGUUGCUGUGGAAGGUUCAGCCGAACCUCCUGUCCUCUCCCAACAGGUCUGCACUGGUGCCACCUUGUUGACGUCGGAGCUGUCCCCAGGAGCCAUGUGAACCCUUCCUUCCACCACCAAGAGCUGAGCCAUUGCCUUCUCCUCCCUCUCCCCCAGAGAUGCUCAUGAAGGUGGCUUCAACCUGCAGGACUUUCCUCCUGAAUGCACUCCAGCACUUGGGAUCGGCCAUUGCCAAGAUGUCACGGCUCCUUCUCCUCCGUCCUUGGGGUGGGGGUUGUGGGCGCACCUCUGUCUCACAUUGGGGAUGGACAAGCCCCUCCUGCCCCUUGGGAUGACCGGUUCCCCUUCCACACACUCCAAUGGGUUCAUGGUUUUCUGUGAUGGAAAAGGUGGGAAUGAUCCGGACCAUUUGCAGAAGACCAAUGUGGUUGCUCCUCCUUGAUGCUUCCCGCCCCAUGGAGAACGUUUUCUUUGCUGCCACCCUAUCAUCCAGGGACAGCAUGUUCCAGCCAGGCUCAGAGCUUCUCACGAUGGUUCCUCCUGUCCUCUUCUGAGCCUCAGACCUCACUCAUGACCUACAACCAGCAUGAGGUUUUCAGCACAUGGAUCCUGGAAUCACGUUAAGGGACAGCUGACCUUCCAGAGCACCCAUGGCCCUGCUGGACGAGGAGUUCUCAGCCGAACCUUUGCUCCUGGCUUGGACCACGUCUUCUUACGGUUCGUAGCGUCACUCAUCACGAUCCGUGUCCUGCAGACAACCCGGGAAAAGAAGCGUGUCUUAAUUUCCUCUUUUAUUUAUUAUUUACUAUGUGGGCGCAGGGAGUCUAAUUUAUUUCCUUCCAUUUUACAUGAGAUGUGGAAUGUGCUGAAUAACCUCCUCAUUUCCCAGUUGACUUCCAGGUCCUUAGGUGGAGUUAGCUUUGUGGAGACGUGUGCUUCUUGCAGUGCUGUUGCUCCAGGACUAUUUAUUAGCCAUUAUUUAUUUAAUUUAUUUGCUUCCUGCCCUCAUCCUCUACUUUCUGGUGAUGGAAACCAAGUAUUUAACCAAGAGGUUACAUAUUUAAUGUCGAACUACAUAUUUAACAUGGCCAUUUCUUGGGUUUUUGGAGGCUGCUUGUGCCCAGCAGCUCCCAACUCAUCCCCUGUAUUUCUAGAUGAGCAAUAAUUUCCAAAGGCUAUGCAAAUAUUUUUGUUUUCGAGAAAAUCCAGGCAACUAUUUUUGAUGUCCUGCUGGCCAAACCUCCAUGUUUUGCAGAGGUGUUUUGUAUAGAGUCGGGAAUUUGGAAAUGACUUGAGCUUCAGAGCUCCCUGCCCAGUCCCUGGGGCUCGGGGGCUUCUCUUUUGUACUGAGAGCAGAUGCUUAUCCUUUUGUAAAGAGAGCAGAAUUGGGUUUUUAGCUUAAAUAAAGUUGUGGUCUUGUUUCAAGCA